UUAAGUUACUUACCUAAGUGCCAAACGUAGUUAGGACCCUGAAAAAGAAAUACGAACACAACCGAAUAGGGCAAACAAAACUGUGUAAAGUUUCAAGUGAAUUAAUGUAACUUGCAACAGGAAUAUUUCCAUACACUUUUGUUCAUUUCUUGUGAAUUUGAAGGUCAGAAUUUUGUUUUCAAAGAGGACAUUAUACAUACUUAAAAUACUUGUAUCAAACGGUUUGUAGCCUUAACUGCACGAAACUUCAUAACUGUAUGUGUAAAAACAUUGAGGAAUAAUGUGUUGAAUGCAAUAGUUAAAACCGGCAAUGAUUUUAAUGACAUAAAUAAAACUGCAAAUUCCUUAGGAAUUGAUGAAGCUACUGUCUUUUCUCAGUAACAUGAAGAUUUCAAGUACAUUAUAUAAUUUAAUAAUUGAAUUUGCGACUAUCAAAUGGCAGUAAAUCAAUGUUUUUUUUUACAAUCAUGGAGAAUGCGAAAAGUUUGAAGAAAGGGGAAAUGUUGAAGCGAGCUGUGGUUUUCGCGGUUUGGUGUUUCUUCAAUGGAAUACAUGCGAUAUGUCCAGAUACAGAUGCAGAUCUGAAACCAUGGUCGGAAGCAAAAACUUGGAAUGAUAAUGGAUUAUCUGUUCCUAGCAGCAGUUCUGCUGUAACCAUAAAACAAGGCAUGAAAGUCAAACUUGAUGUAAACAUCGACGUUAAAAGCAUCACCAUAGAAACCGGUGGGGUCCUUGUAUGGGACUCGAAUAGAGACAAUGUAGUUCGAACUCAUUUUAUUUAUAUACAAGGUACCAUGGCGAUCGGUGCAGAGGACUGCCUGAUUCAGAAAAAGAUUGACAUUUUAUUGCGAGGUGUGCGCUAUGAGAACCCUGGAAUCCUCAUGUGUGGCCAGAAGUCCAUUUGUGUUGGUGAUGGUGGUACUCUUGAACUACAUGGAAGAGAUAAGCUAUCCUGGACAAAAUUGACGAAGACUCUUCCAAAACCUACUCCAAGUGAUUUUUUCUUUAAACAUCUGAAGAGCGAUAAAAAUAAAAAUGAAUGGAUGGAAGGACUCCGAAUCUAUGAGUUUGAUGCUAAAACAAUGAAGGUUCAUAAAGAGAAAAUGUUCUGUUUAUCUGGCCAGUGUUGGUGGACAAAUUCAGGAUUCACGGACAUUGGACCUUUCAUAAACACUGUUCCAAAUGGUCGUGUUAUUGGUGUAGCUUUACAAAGAAAGCUAAAAGGAAGCAAGAAUUUAGACGGCGUGUACGCUGUUCUUGAGUCCAUAGGAGCUCAAAGAAUUAGGGAAGUCGACCAUGAUGAUGUUUACGCCCUAAUAACAAUUAAAGGUGAUCCCAGUUCUACAGUUGAAGAUAUAGAUAGAAUAUCAGGCGACAAAAAACGAGCAAGAGUUACCAUCGUAACAACAUUGAACAGUGGAAGUAAACAAAAAAUUGAAGUCUUGAGUCAAGUGAAAAGUGGAGACUGGUUCGGAACAUUUCUAGACUUUACCGUUUACCCAUUCAAUACUGGAUUCCCUCGACUUGACCUCGUAGAUAAUGUAGAAAGUUGGGAUGCUGGAGACAAAGUUUUGUUAACAUCAACCGACUUUGAUAUGAACCAAGCUGAAGUAGGAAUUGUCGCUGAAUGCAAUGAUUGUGGCCCUAAGCAGAUACGUGUUGACCUGUACCGUGAAUUUGGUCACUGGGCGGAGCUUAGAAAUGGGAUCGACUACAGAGGAGAGGUAGCCUUACUGACCAGAAACAUCAGAAUUCACGGAGAAAUACAACCAAAUUGUCCAAGUGAAAAUGGAAAUUGUCAUAAAUUCAAAUAUGACACUUUUGGAGGACACGUUAAAGUAAACAGAUAUUUCAAAAAUGUCCACUUGGAAGGUGUAGAAUUAGAGAAUAUGGGACAGCAAACAAGUUUAGGAAAUUAUCCACUUCAUUUCCACAUGUGUCAUGAUACUGACGAUGAGAACUAUCCAAAUCCACCAUACCUCAGGAAAAAUUCCAUUCAUCAUACUUUUGCUCGGUGUAUAGCCAUCCAUGGAUCACAUGGUGUAACGGUACAAGAUAACGUGUGUUACGAUCAUCUUGGUCACGGAAUAUUCUUAGAAGAUGGUGGAGAAAAACGUACUCUCAUUGAUGGUAAUUUGAUAGCUGUUACACGUAAAGGAGACCUAAUCCCUACUGAUAGAGAUUUUCCGUCCUCAUUUUGGAUCACCAACCCGAAAACGAGACUGCGUAAUAACAUUGCAGCUGGUUCUGAGGGAACGGGUAUAUGGAUUAUAUUUCCCCACGAACCGACAGGUCCAUCACGUGGCCUUGGUUUUAUGGCGAGAGACGAAGCAAGACAUACAAAGUUUACAGAAAUUACAAAUAAUUUAGCUCAUUCCAGUUUGUUUGCUGGAUUUUUCUUUGAUGGAAGAAUAGAAGACAAUCUUGUGCGACAACAACACGUGACUAAUGGCUACUUUCCACGUACCAUGCCGAGAGAUCCGAAAAAUAAUGAUGCUAGAGACGAUCCUGUAUAUAUCAAUAAGUUAACAUGUUGGAAAAACAGAAUACAGAACAGUUGGAUAAAUGGUGGACUUUACAUUAUGAAACAUUACUCAUCAGCAGACAGCGCACGUGGGUUGACAUUCCCAAGCUCAUCCGAUCAGGAACAGUGGAUAUCACAUAGUGUUUUCGCUGGAGAAACUGCUAACAUCGGAGAACCGACCUGGACGUGGAACCAUCAACUGAAACGUAGAGAGUGGUAUCCGAGGUCUCUCGUUAUGCCAUGGUCACCAAAAGAGCCUAUCCAAGGAUUCAUCUAUUAUGAUAAUCCAACAUACGCAGACAAGAUGUGGUUCACUGAUUUUAGCGCAACGGACAAUUACACAUCUGGGGCAUUUGGAUUUAAAAGACAGAAUGAAUUUUGGAGUGCAGUUGUUAGCUCAGCAACUGACAUUAAAUUUGGUUUUGAUGAUCCAUCUGAGGGCAACCGUGUUUACGAUGGUGAUAAAAAUGUACCUGGAUUUUCAGACCAUGAUGGCGACUUAACUGCUACCUUUAGAGAUAAAGACGGAAGUGUGACUGGUUUAUCGACAUUUGAACAAAUAGUGAAACCAGGACGUUAUGAAACAACGUCAGCAUGUCAACUAAGAGGAAACUGGGGCAUGGCCUUCUGUCCAUACAAAUAUGCUAAGAUUUGGGUAUCGAUGAACAAUGGAGUUGGAGGCUGGCCGGGAAAUACGCGACCAUUCAUGGUCCGUGACGACGAACCUGAUCAUCCAGAACAUAUCGCGAAGGGGAAUAUGGCACAGUUCAUGGCUAUUCUAGGAGGUUCACACAGUUAUACAUUACACUGGACGAAGGAAAUUCCACGAGAGUUCUGGAUCUGGGGACAAGGCGUUGAAAAAAACCAGUUUGUCCGUAUUGGUGUUUGCCUACCUGUCAAUGCAGACUUCGAGUUAUUCACGUGGUCUCCUCAAUGGCGUCCAACCAUAGGGAUGUGGAAAAAGAAAUCGUCUAUUCAAGAACUCGACGCAGAUCAAAGUGGCGAUGCUUAUUACUGGGACACUUCAAACGGAAUGCUGUUCAUGAAGUUCAUAAACUACAAAGAACGUACGGCGUCUACAUCAAAGCUAUGUGAAGGGCACUGUCCUGUUGUUAGGAUCACAGUGAAGUAUGGAGACAGAAGUAAAGGAGACUGUCGUCAUAGAGCUUAUGUUAGUCCUGGUUUAUAUAAGAGGCCGAGCACAGGAAUUAUGGGUAACGAUGAUAGAUCGCUUCCUAUGACGUCAGCAGCAGCUCCUGCAGGUUGGGGAGCAGGAUCUCAGUUACCAUUCGUGUAGAUGUUUGUACUUCUGGAGACUUUGCUAUUUAUGAAACAAUUCAGUUAAAAAUAAAAUACAUUAACGUAACAAAAGAAUUCUUUACAUACUGUAUUACUUUAUUAUUGCGUUUUAUACAUUAUUAAAAAAG